GAAAUUGAGAUUCUUCCUAUCAUUUCUCUUCAAUUUCAUUUUGUUCUCUUCUAAGCCAUCACAUCAUCCACAAAUGAUACUACCAAAGAGAGGCCACAGGUUCUUCAAAUUCAGAAUCAGCUCAGCUCACAUCUCCUUCUCUCUCAUUUCAUCCAUUAAUUAGCUUUUUUUGCUUGGAUUUCUCCUCAAAUUCAAGGAAAAAAAAUUCCCUGAUUGGGUGAGAGGGAAUAUUGCUAUCCUUCCACCUGUAUCUCACACAGUUGCACACACUAGCUAGGAAAUUUUCGAUCCCAUCCCAUCCCAUCAACACCCACAAAAAAAAUCUUUUAUUGGCGUUUUCUUUUUUUCACUUGCUAUAUCGCUUGUCUUUGCAAAUCUCUUCCUUGAGGGACCAAAUGAACAAUAGGGUUCACUACGACAACUACACGAGGUCAAGGGCAGCUGGCGCGAAGAUGAUCGGGUGGAUCAUGCUCAGCAUCGACUACUCCAGGCUCUUCUGGUUGUUGUUCGGCGUCUUCUCCUACGAAAAUCAUGAGGGAAAACCACGGAUCUCCUUCUAGCACGAGAUUGAUUGAUUUCCUCUCCUCCCUCUCUCUCCUCCCCCUCUCCCUCACCUAAGUUACGUUUGCUUCCUCAAGACUAUAUACUUUUCCAUAUAGCUACACAACUUCAAGUUCUCCAUAUAGUUAUAAGUUGCACGUAAGAGCCCGUUUUUUAAAAGUCCUCGACUCGUUCGGGUUGACAAGCGAAUUAGCCAUGCAGAGGCCUCGUUCGAGAGGAGGCUGCCUUGAUGGGGGAAAGUCAUCCCCAGGAUAUGCUGAGACUGACCCCUCGGGUCGUUAUGGCCGAUUUCGAGAAGUUCUGGGAAAAGGAGCAAUGAAGACGGUGUACAAGGCGUUUGAUGAGGUCAUGGGGAUCGAGGUGGCAUGGAACCAAGUGAGGCUCAACGACGUGUUCCAUUCGCCGGUGGAGCUGCAGCGGCUCUACUCUGAGGUUCAUCUCCUUAAGGAUCUCAACCACCCCUCCAUCAUGAAGUUCCAUUCCUCCUGGGUCGACCCUGACCGCCGUACCUUCAACUUCAUCACUGAACUCUUCACCUCUGGCACCCUUCGCGAGUACCGGCACAAGUACCUACGAGUGAACAUUAGAGCAGUAAAGAACUGGGCGCGCCAAAUCCUGAGGGGCCUUGCCUACCUCCACAGUCACGACCCUCCGGUGAUCCACAGGGACCUCAAGUGCGAUAACAUCUUCGUCAAUGGCCAUCUUGGUCAGAUCAAGAUCGGCGAUCUCGGGCUGGCGGCUAUCCUUCGUGGCUCCCAACACGCUCACAGUGUCAUAGGGACACCGGAAUUCAUGGCUCCUGAGCUGUACGAAGAGAAGUACACUGAGCUGGUAGAUAUUUACUCGUUCGGCAUGUGUGUUCUGGAGAUGAUCACUUGCGAGUAUCCAUAUAGCGAGUGUACAAAUCCGGCUCAGAUUUACAAGAAAGUCACCUCGGGAAAAUUACCUGAAGCUUUCUACCGGAUUCAAGAUGACGAAGCUCGGGAGAUCAUUGGCAGAUGCUUGGAGACUGCUUCAAAAAGAUUGCCUGCUAAUGAACUGUUGCUUGAUCCUUUCCUCGCAACUGAUGAUGGCGAUAUCCUGGUGCGUGUUCAGAGAGUUCAGAACUCAUCUCCUACUCGGACGUUGAUUGAUGCAAAUAUCUCGCUAGUGGUGGCCAAACCCACGAGGGAUACGGACAUGAUGAUCACGGGGACCAAGAACCCAGAGGACGAUAUAAUCUAUCUCAAAGUACAGAUCUCCGAUAAAGAUGGUCAUGCCAGGAACAUAUUCUUCUCGUUCGACAUUGUGAAUGACACGACAAUGGAUGUAGCUACCGAGAUGGUGAAGGAGUUAGAGAUAACUGAUUGGGACCCUGCCGAGAUCGCCGAAAUGAUCGAGAAGGAGAUAGCAUCUCUUGUCCCGACUUGGAAAAGACAGAGCUUUCCAUUCAACUUCAAUCGCCAAGAGAGCUUUAACUGUGAAGAAGAAGAUGAAGCAGAAUGUGGGAGCCAGCAUCCAUUCUACGCUUCCUCGUCGCAUUCGUCGUCCCAAGCCUCCCUUCCGGCUUUCAUCAAUCAUAAUUCAUAUCACGACAUCACCCUUUCAAACGAUGGAAUCGACAUUGGCUCUUGCCGGAGUUGGCUUCAGGAUAUGUUCUUCUUUCCUGAUGAUAUGUUCAUAAAUGAUGACACGGCUUCUCAGAGCUCCAUGAACUCCUUCAAGUACUCGAACUUCAACUACUUCUCAGCGAACGAGUUAGAUGAUCCUGAUCUACUCAGCCCGAGAAAGGGGCCGGAUCGUCAUGCUCACUGCAAUUCAAAGUCCCACCAGACUACAGCAGCUGCUGCGGCUGCUGCUGCUGCUUCUCGGUUCUGUCCCAGACUGAACAAGCAAAUAAUGUACUCUCAUCAAUACCAUUGCCCACCUGAUGAUCAAUCCGGGGCCCAUCAUUCGUGCUCGAAUCAUAAACACAGAGGAGUACCACGAAUCAGGUCAAUGGUAGAUAUCCGGAGGCAGCUCCUCCACAAGUCUCUGGUGGAGGACGUCAUUAACAAAAGGCGGAUGUUCAAGACUGUCGGGGCAGUUGAGAACAUCGGGUUUCAAGACCCGUGCUGAUCUCGUAGGGCAAGAGCCUAGAGAAGGACAAGCAACGUUUCCAAUGGUGAAACUAUUAAGCUGGUUUGGUCAGUACAUGAUGUUACAUCAUCAAACGGUUUGCUCUUUUUACAUGUAAGUUUCGUGAGUCUUUAAGUGAUGCUUCUGCGAACAUUUCCAUACGAUGAUAUGUCUAAUAUGUUGGCAAAUCCGAGAAGAAGAAGAAGGCCAUUAUAUCUCGGAUGUGUAAAUGCGAUGUAUUAGGGGUCUGAAAUUGCAUUUUGUGAAGUUAAUAAAACUGUUACCUGGUGUGCUUAUUUUGA